GAACCUGUUGGAUGUUAGUUGAGCGCCCCUAUAAACCCCGCCCACCUAGUGCUAUAGUGUGGUGAAUCUGGUGAUUGCGUGAAUGGCUAGGACCCACUGUAGCGCAGCAUUCUCUUAUUUCUCACAACCCUUUCUCUCACCUCACCAUCUGAUAAAUCCAUCAUCCUGGAAUUUACCUACUGUAUCCGAACUAACACAUAUAUUAAGGUCCUAGCGCCUUUGAAGCCAACAUGGUUCAUGCCGACGCGUCCAAUUUCGCCUCGGGCUUAACAAAAGAGGAGACUUACCAGCAGGUCCUGCUGCAGGCCGAGGGCUUGUUCUCUGAUCAGAGAAACUGGGUUUGCAACCUCGCCAACGCCGCCUCGCUGCUCUGGCACGCGUACAAAUCCCUCCCAUUCCCAAGCAACCAAGUUAACUGGGCUGGCUUCUACACCGUCGACCGCUCCGCCCCAGCCUCACGGCCGCAGUUGAUCCUGGGGCCCUUCCAAGGCAAAGUGGCCUGCCAGACCAUCGCCUUCAACCGCGGAGUCUGCGGCGCGGCAGCGACCCAGCUAAGGACGCAGCUCGUGCCCAACGUGGACGCUUUCCCCGGCCACAUAGCGUGCGACGGUGACACGCGGAGCGAGAUUGUCGUACCCAUCCUCGUCGACGGCGGGAGUGAUGAAGGGGCAGCGGGGGAGGAGAAAGAAAGGAAGCUCGUGGCAAUCAUCGACGUAGACUGUGCCGUGCAAAACGGCUUUGACGAGGUGGACAAGUUGUGGCUGGAGAAACUGGCCGACCUAAUUGGGAGCAGCUGUGAUUGGGACUAGUGGUUCAGGUUGUACCGUCUGUACCUACUUCACGAAGAUCCAUCCUAUACGGCUGCUUACCUGAACUAGAGGGUCGGAAGUACUGUGGCAACCUCGGCCUGUGUUGUCGCUGUUUUCUCGCCCCUCUCUAAGACUAAGCCUGCCGAAUACAUAGCUCUAAGGGGCCGUUAAGUAUAGCCGGCUAACGACCUUAGUCGCCGAUCGGCAACCGUCAUAUGCUUGGUCCCUGGGGUAUAAAACUUUUGGUACGAUUACCGAUACAUAAAACAGCGUAAUUCAAUA